UUUCAUUGACGGAGCAUGUUUUAAAGACGAGAGCGUUCUAUUUGAGCAGAAUGAAUCGCUUUGUUAAUGAUUUUGAUGUUUAUUGAUGAUAAUCUAGAAACAGAAACAUCAUGCUAACUCAGAGAGCUGCUGCAGUACACCAGAAGCUUGGAGCUGUGUGAGAUUAAAGGAUCUUCCCUCGUAACCGAGCCAGAAGAUGGGCAAGAAGAGUCGAGUGAAGACUCAGAAAUCCGGGACGGGCGGGACAGCCAUGGUGUCCCCCAAAGAGAUGAUGAACCUGAUCUCCGAGCUCCUACAGAAAUGCAGCGGUGCAGCUCCGUCUCCAGGAAAGGAGUGGGAUGAGUACGUCCAGAUCCGCACCCUGGUGGAGAAAAUCCGCAAGAAACAGAAAGGAGUGUCCGUGGGGUUCGAGGGCAGUAGGGAGGAUUAUUUUCCCGAGCUCAUGGCCUGGGCAGCAGAAUGUGGCGCGUCCUGCGAGGGCUUUGAGAUCGCCAGCUUUGGAGAUGAAGGAUACGGGCUCAGAGCCACCAGAGACAUCAAGGCCGAAGAGCUGUUUCUGUGGAUUCCCAGGAAGAUGCUGAUGACCGUGGAAUCGGCUAAAAACUCCGUCCUGGGUCCUCUGUACGGUCAGGACCGGAUCCUGCAGGCCAUGGGCAACGUGACUCUGGCCCUGCACCUGCUGUGUGAGAGGGCGAACCCGGAGUCCCCCUGGCUGCCCUACAUCAAAACCCUGCCCGCUCACUACGACACGCCUUUAUACUUCGAGGAGGAGGAAGUGCGCCACCUGCUGGCCACUCAGGCCAUUCAGGACGUGCUGAGCCAGUACAAGAACACGGCGCGCCAGUACGCCUACUUCUACAAAGUCAUCCACACUCAUCCCAACGCCAGCAAACUGCCCCUGAAGGAUGCGUUCACCUUUGACGACUACAGGUGGGCCGUAUCAUCUGUGAUGACCCGUCAGAACCAGAUCCCUACAGAGGACGGCAGUCGGGUCACGCUGGCUCUCAUCCCACUCUGGGACAUGUGUAAUCACACCAACGGCCUGAUUACGACCGGUUACAACCUGGAAGAUGACCGAUGUGAGUGUGUUGCUCUGCACGACUAUAAAGAGAGCGAGCAGAUCUACAUAUUCUACGGUACGAGGUCCAACGCAGAGUUCGUCAUCCACAGCGGCUUCUUCUUCGAGGACAACGCGCACGACCGCGUGAAGAUCAAACUGGGAGUCAGUAAGAGCGAGAGGCUGUACGCCAUGAAGGCCGAGGUGCUGGCUCGCGCCGGGAUCCCGGCGUCGAGCGUUUUCGCCCUGCACUGCAGCGAGCCGCCCAUUUCAGCCCAGCUCCUGGCCUUCCUGCGCGUCUUCUGCAUGACCGAAGAGGAACUCCGGGACUACUUGGUGGGUGACCACGCCAUCAACAAGAUCUUCACGCUGGGGAACGCGGAGUUCCCCGUCAGCUGGGAGAACGAGAUCAAGCUGUGGACGUUCCUGGAGACGAGAGCCGCGCUGCUCCUCAAGACCUACAAAUCCACGUCAGAGGAGGACGGCGCCAUGCUGCAGAAACCCGACCUCUCUCCACACUCGCGCAUGGCCGUAAAGCUGCGCCGGGCCGAGAAGGAGAUCCUGGAGCGUGCCGAGGCCAGCGGCCGCGGCAAGCGCCUGCACUUCCAGAAGCAGCUGGACGACGGCGCUCCUCUGCCCGUGUACGAGGAGAGCGACAUCGCGCUGCUGGAGAACGCCGACGCCAAGCUGCCCAUCGUCCUGCACCAGCUAGAGGAGGAAGAGGAGGACGAAGACCUGAAGAUGCCGCUUCUUAACGGCGAACGGAAGGAGAAACAGGGGGAGACCGGAGGAGAGAGAGCCGAGCCGAGCGCGCAAAGAACUGAGGAUACGUGCAAAGAUCCCGAAUAAAGUUCGGCACAAUCUUAUUUAUUUUUGUUUUGCUUUAAGUGACUGAUUAAUAGAAGUGAAAGCAAUCGAAACUAAAACAGCAGUCUGUGUUACUUAGUUUUUUUUGUUUGUUUUUUUUUUUUUU